AUGAGUCUGGCUGAAAUCUGUGAAAAUGCCAAGAUGGCGAGGGAAUAUGCUCUUCUUGGUAAUUAUGACACAUCGCUGGUGUAUUACCAAGGAGUCAUCCAGCAGAUACAGAAGCACAUCCAACAACUUAAAGAUGAUGCCAUCAUGAAACAAGAAUGGCAUCAGGUGGGUUGCCUGUUUAUUGUGUUAGAAAAGUCACCUACAUUAAAAAUAGUGGAGGCCCGCUCUUGAGUUAUUUCAUCUGAAAUUUCAUCAGAUGUAAUACAUAUAAAGCAAUGAACAGGAUAGCCGAAGCUUCUUUGUUGAAAAAUAUUGCUUGUAGAACUACUACCACUACUACUACUACUUGGAAGGUUUUGUUGGCUGUUUUGUAACCAUAAACAUUACUAAUUUUUUGGCCUCAUUCAAAGGUGCGUCAGUCGAUCGUCAAGGAAUAUGACCAAGUCAAAGAGAUAAAUCAAACUCUUGCCAACUUCAAGAAAGACACUGUUCAUUUUGGUGGUCCACGGCGUUCAAAUGAGGAUGAGCCAACUAGAGACCCUGAUGUUUGGCCUCCACCCACACCAGUGGAAAGAGAUCACAGGUAAAUGAAAGGCAAGAGAGUUGUUCUCAUUUUGCAUCUUUUUCUAUAAAGCAUUUAAUAUUUAGGAGUAAAAACAAUCCCUCCCUUAGGAAAGAUGUGAUAAUCAUUAUGCCAAUAGUAUGGAACAAAGAAAAAAGUCUUGAAUCUCAAGUCACGUCCUACACUGAUCAUGCCAUGAGAUGAUGUUCUAAGUUCUGAAGUCCUGAAAUAACCAGACAUUUUUGUAACAUAGGGAGUGGAAUGUUGAAAUUUUGUACUAACAAGCACAAAUUUUACCUCCUCAACUCACACUUGAACUAAUUACUAGCCAGUUACUUAUCUUCUGACAACAACAUAUUCAGCAAAUUCAUUUUAACUGAACAACCAGUCACACUAAGGAAAUAAUUAACCUAUCACAAAAUGUUUCAUGUUUUUUUACCAUCCUUUCCAGGCCUUCCAAACCUGCUCCACGUCCAGUUGUCAGGAAAAAUGAUGAUUACAAUCCUUCAGUUAAUCGCCCAUCUGCAGGACCAAGCAGACGCCCUGACCGUGAACGAGCUGCAGAUAAGGGAGGACGCAAACCAGCUAGUGCAGCAAGCAAUAAACCUUCACGUGAACCCAGGCAGGCUGACAGAGGGGAUAGAGGACGUGGCCAGCAAAAAGGAGACAAAGACAAGGGUGCUGCUAAGAAAGAGCACAAGGCAAGAAAGAUCCUUUGUAAUUUAGUAAAUAUAAAAAUAAUACAGCUGACACAUUUGGGACCAGCUAUAGGUGUCUGUCUUAGAGAUCUGUCCAUCAAAUACUUAUAGAGAGUCAGCUAAAAGGAGCAAAGAAGGGUAGGAACCAACUCCAGGUGUCAGUUACUGUAUUAGCAACGUGUUCAUUUGAUUCACUAUUUAAAAACAAGAAGGAAACUGAGUUGAGUUAACUUUCACAAAUAGAAUAGUGAGUGUAUUAAAUUGUAUAUAGCAUUAUUUCACUAAAUGCUCAUAACACUUUACAAAUCAUUCUACAAAGUCUAUUUACAAUUUAUUAAUGCUACAAAAUCUAUCAAUACAAAAUCUGUUUACAAUGAAUACUCUAGAAAUAAAUAAUCUUAAAGGCAUUGAUGUUGGCAGACAUCAUUGCUGUCCCUGUUACCUGGGACAGGAAAAAAAAAUUGGCCAACAGCUGACCAGCCCUAGUACAAUCUGAGAAACAACAAAAUGUUUAUAUUGCGGAUGCAUUUUGGCUCCAGGUCCCUUCUCAUUCCUAAAGUGGCGAAUAGAGGUAGGUACCCAUUAAGACAGAGUUGGGCAAAAACAAUAGUUUUUACCUGCUAAAACCGUUAGUGUACGUUUUCCUGGAGCAGGUCAUAUACUAUUAGUAGCUUUUCCUGAGGUUUUUUUGUUGUAUCUCAAGUUUAAUACAUGUCAUGUAAUAUUGAUACCAGCAGGGUGAAAGUAAAGAGGAAGGUGAGGGCGAUGGUGAAAAGAGAUUUGAUGGCAGUGGUUAUGAUAAAGAUCUGGUUGAGGCCUUAGAAAGAGAUAUUUUGCAGAAGAAUCCUAAUGUUCAUUGGUAUGGACUUGUAAUAAUAAAAAUUAAUUAAUACAGUAUGACUAAAUUCUGAGAACAAAAUAAAUGCCUUGCAUGUGUCUCAAUUGAAAACUGUGAGGUGAUUACAUCCACAAAUGGCUUGACAUCGUUAAAUUGAAUAUCAGUAAUCAAUAUGUGAUAUGAGCAGUCUUUUCUAGUAAAUUAAAAACAAACAAGCCAUAUGAUCUGCACUCUUUCCUCGGGGGUCAUUUCAUGGGGAAACUGUUGGUGGUGUGCCAAAAUGUUCGCUGUUUUCUUAAUUGUUUGUUUGUUUGUUUCAUAUUGCAGGAGUGACAUUGCUGGUUUAGGAGAGGCAAAAAAGCUGUUAGAAGAAGCAGUGGUGUUACCCCUUCUUAUGCCAGACUACUUCACGGGUAUCCGCCGGCCAUGGAAGGUACAUUUUGUAGCAGGUUUUUUUUUGUCAACUAUAAAGGAUAUAUAAAGUUGCAAUAAAUUCAAAAAAUGUAAAAUUUUAAAAAAGAAAAAGCAUGUGGUGGCUAUGAGAGUUUAGAUACAGAAAACGUUUUGGCAUCUCCUUUUUCAACCCAAAACUACAUCUAACUAACUGAUGUACCUUAUGGGUACUUACUGGUAAUUUUGCAGGUCUUUAAAUUUCGCAUUUUUGUCUGUUGUUAAAAAAUCCUGAAAUUAGACCCAAAAUAAAAAUCCUUGCAAAAUUUAAACACAUGGAAUUUAAUUCCCAUGAAGAAAAUUCAAAUUACAGGAAAAAGUGGUUAACAUGUUAUAACAACACAUAUUGUUAACUUAUUCUUACUGUUAAGUUCUAUUUCGUAUUUUCUGUUGUGAAAUAAUGUAAAUUUGUAAAGAUUUCACUUAUGGAGUAGAGAGUAAAGCUAUCAUCUGCUUGUUCCAGUUUAUUUAGAAAUUUUUAAAGUUCAGACUUUUUGAAAGGUAAAAUGAAGUUGAGAGCUCAUGGAUCAUCAGGGUGCAAAGAAAAUCAUUUUUACAGCUUGCCUUUCGGGCAAGCUGAAGCUAGAGUUUACUAGCCCAGACAUCAUUUCAAAUAGCCCGAAACCUUUUUGACGAGCAGAAUUGAUUUCACAGUUCUUCUGUUAUUCAAAUUCCUCAAAAAGCAUCACUUGCCCGUCAGGCAAGUUAAAAACAGAAUUCACUUGCCCGAUAGCAAAAUCCACUAGCCCCAGGCUAUCGGACACUACUUUCUUUGCACGCUGAUCAUGGAAUUUUAUGCCCAAUUUUUAUAUCUGCCUAUUGAAAUCGUGAAAAUAAAACCCCUUGAAAUUAAGUACCUGCAAAAUUAAGCAACGUUAAGGUACAUAACAUCACCAUACGCAUGUAGAUUGCCCUUGACAUUGCCUGUGCAAAAAUCUUUCUUAUUUUCUACUCUCUCUAGGGAGUAUGUAUGGUGGGUCCUCCAGGAACUGGAAAGACAAUGUUAGCUAAAGCUGUGGCUACAGAAUGCGGUACAACAUUCUUCAACGUCACAUCAUCAACGCUUACAUCUAAAUAUCGUGGAGAGUCUGAAAAGCUUGUCAGNACAGCUUGCCUUUCGGGCAAGCUGAAGCUAGAGUUUACUAGCCCAGACAUCAUUUCAAAUAGCCCGAAACCUUUUUGACGAGCAGAAUUGAUUUCACAGUUCUUCUGUUAUUCAAAUUCCUCAAAAAGCAUCACUUGCCCGUCAGGCAAGUUAAAAACAGAAUUCACUUGCCCGAUAGCAAAAUCCACUAGCCCCAGGCUAUCGGACACUACUUUCUUUGCACGCUGAUCAUGGAAUUUUAUGCCCAAUUUUUAUAUCUGCCUAUUGAAAUCGUGAAAAUAAAACCCCUUGAAAUUAAGUACCUGCAAAAUUAAGCAACGUUAAGGUACAUAACAUCACCAUACGCAUGUAGAUUGCCCUUGACAUUGCCUGUGCAAAAAUCUUUCUUAUUUUCUACUCUCUCUAGGGAGUAUGUAUGGUGGGUCCUCCAGGAACUGGAAAGACAAUGUUAGCUAAAGCUGUGGCUACAGAAUGCGGUACAACAUUCUUCAACGUCACAUCAUCAACGCUUACAUCUAAAUAUCGUGGAGAGUCUGAAAAGCUUGUCAGACUGUUGUUUGAAAUGGCAAGUAUUGUAUUUAUAUACUAAUCAUUACCGGUAUGUUCUUUUUCUUGUAUCCAAACUUCUCCUGGAAUUCAUUAAAACUUCUUGAAAUUUGAAGUAGUAUAUUACAGGAAAACUCUUUGAUUUCUUUUGGCCUCUACAUAGGUGGAAAAAUCCUGGUAAACCGUAUAUUUGUUGUUUAUUGAUACACCGUAUACUGCUGGAUAAAUGUGGCAUGGGAUGCAGGAGAGUACAGUAAAAAACCUGUGACUAACAACCUGUAUUUUCUCAAGUUAGUCUAAACAGGUUCUUACAUAAAAAAUGGUAUUUGGCACAAAUUUAGGCUAUUUAGGCUCUUAUUUUCUGGAGAUAGACAUACAUUUGAAGCUAAGAGUAUUUAGUGGUAUUCAGCUCAUUUCUUAGGUAAAACCUCAUUGUACACGGUUACAAUUGCAGUUGGAGUGAUAAGGCACCUUUGUCUCCAAAAUCAAAUGGUUUUUGGAAAAUAAGAACCUCUUUCAAAUUUUAGGCUAAACAGGUACUUGUAUAGAUGGGGCCUAAGUGGCAUAUUUUAGCCUAACAGGUUCUUAAAAACUAAGUUCUUAGUCGCAGGUGUUUACUGUAGCCACUGCAUUCCAUGCCGAUAGGAGUAAAUAGGUUGUCUUGCGGGGAUAUGGUUAAGAAUGGGAUAUUUUGCUCACCUGCUAGCAGUUAAGGGCAGUAAAGCCAUUGAGUUUUGUUGUUAGGAUAUUAAUUCACAUAAUUAGCAUUCAUUAGAUCUUGCUUUUCGUGUAAUAUGAAGAUUUAUGCAGGCUGUUUCUUCCUUGCUCUUGCAAAACAACUUCAGUCCUUCUGUUCCUUUUUCUGCCAGCUAUCUGUAAAAGACUCAUUUUUUACGAUCAUGACUGUGUAAUUUUUUUACAGGCUCGAUUUUAUGCUCCGAGUACAAUUUUCAUAGACGAGAUCGACUCUAUCUGCAGCAAGAGAGGUUCUGACAGUGAACAUGAAGCUAGCAGAAGGGUCAAAUCUGAGCUACUUAUACAGAUGGAUGGUGAGUGCAACCAUAACUGGUUAGGUAUUCCAAACCAUCACCUCUUAAAAGGAGCUGUCUCAGCAAAAUGGUUUUCACAAAUGUUCGUUAAUAGUUAAAAAGAUAAAAAUAUGGUUUGGACGUUUUGCCGCCAAAUAAUUAAAUGUAUUAAAUGCAUUGGUCGAUUUUCCUGUCAGCAACCAGUUUAUGCUGCUCUAUUAAGUUGCAGAAAAGUACUUUUCAGCAAUCUUUCUUCAGCUGGGAAUAGGCUGCGUGUUCGUUAAACAAACAUUAACGUUAAACAUUUUGAAAACAAUGACGCUGCAGGUGGUGUUGGGAGUUUCCUGACCGCGCACAAUCAUUUUCAGUUUUGUUUACAGAUUGUGGUCCUGAAUAAUCGAACUAGUAAUAGCAUUUCUGUAGGUCAGUUUACAGUUCAAAAUAAAAGGAAUGCUAUUAAACGUUUUCCACGUGAAGUUUAAAAAAAAGCUAACAUAAACAUAUUACGAAGACUUCAGAAGGGGCUUCUUAGGCACUGGUCAAAAAGUAUAGGUGGGGGUGGGCCGGAGCAGAGAGGGGGUGGGGUCAUGAGGUUUUGAGCCUUGUGCAAGGGGUUGGGUCGUGCAAUUUUCAGCUACCCUUAGGGGAUGGGUCACCCUAUUUUUAACUAACUACUGACAAGACAGUAGACUGCACUUGUUAUAUGAAACACAGCCAGCUGCAAUUAUUGCUAAAAUACUCACAAACCUGUUGUGGGAGAAAAUACAAAGGUUGACAGGCCGCACAUCUAUACGGGCGUGGAACCCUCUGUUAACCUUUUUUUUCGGCUCUAACGAGCAUGUCCUUUAACGAUUUUCCUUUUUUGUAAGGAAAUGAUUAAUGGUUCUUUAAAAAUUUGUUGAAGUUAUCGUUGGUUUUGUAUAAGAUUCCAUUUUUUUCAUUCAAGCUUCCUUUAUAGUAGACACUGAGGGCUGGUAUUGUGUCACGAAUGGCAAUAUUUCUUUUUCCUCCUUGUUGUGUUGUUUUAGGAGUUUAGACUCCCUUUUGUGAAUUUUAUUUCUGAUAGUAGGUUUUCUAUCAAAGAUAGGGGGCACACAACGAGAAUAUAGUUCAAAACCACUUAAACAUAGCAUUGUUAAACGUAUUUUAGUAUUUAAACAGUAGAUAUAGGCAUAUUUUUAUCCCCUAAAAAUUUUUUUUUCAAUAUACGUCAUGAAAAUAUUGACAAAGGAAUCAAAACUGCUGUCUUUGUGCCCAUUGCAGUUCCAUGGUUAAUUAGGUAGUGCUUUCCACUGAAGUGGAAGAAAUUUUCUUUGAGGAUUAAUCUAAGCGUUUCCGGCAAGUAAUGUUUAGGAAUUGGUUGUCUUUGUUGAAAUUUUCAUAUGCUUUGUGACAGAUAAUUUCAACAUACCCUCGUUUUGCUGCAUAUUUGUGUCAAGACUCAUAACGUCCAUUGAAACAAGAAAUUUUCUUUUUUUCACAUUCGUCUUUUCAGUGAAAGGUAUGAUUUCUNCCCUCGGUGUGUUGGGUGUUGGUCUGUUUUUUUUGCGCCGGGAGGGGGGGGUGGGUCUUUUGUUUUUUAUCCACCACUUUCCCAACUUCGCCCGCCCCCCCCCCCCCCAUACUUUUUGACCAGUCCCUUCGCCAUUGCACUUUAUUGACAUUACUGUUUAAAGUAACCUUCAGUUCAAAUGAGGGUUGCCCUUAGACGACAAGCUCUCACUGUUAGUUUACGUUGUUUAAGGUUGGGUUGUUGGACAUGUGUAUACUGUGCAUUUCAAGAGGUGAAAUAAACAUCAGAAAACUACAUAGCCUGAUAACAAGCUCUCCAAUUGUGGCGGGCGAAGGGAGCUGCGAAAGGACGCGCGCGCGUGCGUCGCUAUCGCGUGUGGCUCUCGCGUGACUUCUUGCGACUCCCCUGAAUGGAGUUUGCUCGCAUGGUACCCAACAUUGAACAAUAUUAACUGCAUGUUUUCGGUGUGUUUGUGUUGUUUAGGUGUCGGUGGUACAGUGGAGGGUGGACCACAACUUGUUAUGGUUCUAGCUGCCACAAACUUUCCUUGGGAUCUGGAUGAAGCCCUGCGCAGAAGACUGGAAAAGAGAGUUUACAUACCUCUUCCGGAAAGUACGAUAGAGCUCAGCUCCUUUGCCUGCAUUAAAUUUCUUUUUUUUUUUCCUGCUCCUUUUUAAACCUUGUGCAAGUCCUCAUUCUCCGUAAGAUCGCCGUGAUCAAACGCUCGCUUUAACAAGUGUUCGUCUCGUUUCCACUCCCCCACUCCUUAGGUAGAUACUCUUCCUUAAAGGACAACUUCAUCUGAAACCAAGAUGGCCGCCUUUAAUGUAAGCGAUUGAUCUCUUACGGCAAAAUUGGAGACAAUAAACAGUCCAGGUCCUUUUUGACAUAAACAUGAAAGCGGGAACCAACUUCAAGUUCGGUAGAAGACAACUCGGUUGAGCGUGUAUUUUUCCCCUCUCUUUUUCUGCCAUCCUCGUUACUUUCUCCGUGUAGACGGAAUCCUCCCUUUCUGUCUUGGCCUCCCCCUCUUUUUCUUUCCAGGAAGUUAGAAAGCUAAGAUUUAUUUAUGCAAAAAAGUACUAAACUCCUCAUGAUAUUAUUCUCAGAAUAUUUUUUCAGAAAAUUACCUCAAGGUUACAGAUAACAUUCUUUUCUUUGAAGACAUGCUCCAAUCUUUGCCAUGCAACUAUUCCCAGGAAUACAUGUUCAUCUUUUCACUGGCAUACCCUCCUCACGAACAUUACAUUUUAUUGCAUUGCAUACACUUUUCACUCGCGAAAUAACUACAAACAGUUUUUUCUGUUUCUUUUUUCGUAGCUGUAGGUCGUCUGGAGUUACUAAAGAUCAACUUGCGUGGUGUGAACAUGGCUGAGGAUGUGGUUCUCGAGGAGAUCGCGAAAAAGAUGGAAGGCUACAGUGGUGCUGAUAUCACCAAUGUUUGCAGGUUCGUGUUGAAGAAACAAUUUGAGCAAUAAUCCGUGAAUUUCCAUGUCGCGCAAGAGUUUUGGUGUCUCUCUUAUUGCGCCAUUUUCCAUGUUGAUUUGCAAAAUGCGCAAAUUUAAGGGGACUUUGAGCUCAACGCCGCAUUUUUGGUGAUGUAGUCAAACCUGUAUUAAGCAGUUACCCUUGGGCAGUGGCUUACUGACCGCUUAAUACAGGUUGACCAUUUAAUCCAGGUUUGACAAACCUAAGAAGAUGAUGAUGGUGAAAGAGCGAAAUUUCUAUCCCCACGAAAAAUUAUAAACAGCUUAAUUACUGUAUUCUUUAUCCUUUCCGGUGUAGGGACGCCUCUAUGAUGGCAAUGAGGCGUCGAAUCAGGGGCUUGACGCCAGAACAGAUCAAGAACUUGCCAAAAGAGGAACUUGAUUUGCCUGUUAACAUGGAAGACUUCGAUCUCGCACUGAAGAAAGUUUCCAAGUCUGUUUCUGAUGCGGACAUUAAAAAAUACGAAGACUGGAUGAAAGAGUUUGGUGCCACAUAAUUGUUAUAAAUCUGGUGCGGUUUAGUUCUGUCGCUUUGUGUGGAAUAGUCAAAGGUCGGAUUUCCCCUAAGAAUCCUUGACAGGUUAUUUACGUGUUGAUGUUUCAACAAGUUACGAAUCGUGACUGUGAAAUAAUUCUUUGUUAAGCCG